AUGGCUUCUUCUUUACCGGUUGAACUCGUUUCUCUCUUAGAGAAUGGACAUCAUGUGUGGGAGGACCAAUCUCUCAUCAAGUGGAGGAAGAGAGAUGCACAUGUCCCUUUACGUUGCCAUGAUUCAAUUGAAGGAUCUCUUAAAUACUGGUAUGAGCGCAACAAAGUGAAUUUUCUGGUAUCCAACUCUGCUGUUUGGGAUGAUGCUGCUGUUCCUGGAGCUCUUGAUAGCGCGGCCCUUUGGGUCAAGGACUUGCCUUUUGUGAAGUCUUUGUCAGGCUAUUGGAAAUUCUUCUUGGCUUCCAGUCCUAGAAAUGUUCCUGUAAAUUUUUAUGACACUGCAUUUCAGGAUUCUGAGUGGGAAACCUUGCCAGUUCCUUCAAACUGGCAGAUGCAUGGAUUUGAUCGGCCUAUUUAUACAAACGUUGUUUAUCCAUUUCCACUUGAUCCACCUUUUGUUCCUGUGGACAACCCUACUGGCUGCUAUAGGACAUACUUUCACAUUCCUAAAGAAUGGAAGGGUCGCAGGAUUUUGUUGCAUUUUGAAGCUGUUGAUUCUGCAUUCUGUGCAUGGCUAAAUGGGGUCCUGAUAGGAUAUAGUCAGGACAGUAGACUUCCUGCUGAAUUUGAAAUCACUGAUUAUUGUUAUCCAUCUGAUAUGGACAAGAAAAAUGUACUAGCUGUUCAAGUAUUCAGAUGGAGUGAUGGCUCCUACCUUGAAGAUCAAGAUCAUUGGUGGUUAUCUGGCAUUCAUCGUGACGUGCUUCUUCUUUCCAAGCCACAGGUAUUCAUUGCAGACUACUUUUUCAAAUCAACUCUGGCUGAGGAUUUUUCUUAUGCAGACAUACAGGUUGAAGUGAAAAUAGAUAACUCCAGAGAAACAUCUAAAGAUAGCGUUCUUGCAAACUAUGUUAUAGAAGCUGCAUUAUUUGACACUGCGUGCUGGUACAGCAUUGAUAGAUAUGCUGACCUGCACUUGUCCAAUGUGGCUAGUAUAAAGCUUAAUCUCUCAUCCAGCACGAGUCUGGGGUUUCAUGGUUAUUGGCUGGUAGGGAGACUGGACAUGCCGAGGCUUUGGUCUGCAGAGCAACCAAGCCUGUACACUCUUGCUGUUACAUUGAAAGAUGCAUCUGGCAACCUUCUGGACUGUGAAUCAUGCCUAGUAGGCAUACGGCAAGUAUCAAAAGCCCCCAAACAGCUGCUUGUUAAUGGGCAUCCAAUAAUAAUAAGGGGUGUGAACAGGCAUGAGCAUCAUCCACGUCUGGGGAAGACAAACAUAGAAUCCUGCAUGGUUAAGGAUUUGGUUUUAAUGAAGCAAUACAAUAUCAAUGCUAUGAAGCCAAUUGAAACCCAUGGUUUUGAUCUUUCUGGGCAUGUGAAGCAUCCUACUUUGGAACCCAGCUGGGCUACUGCAAUGAUGGACCGUGUGAUAGGCAUGGUUGAGAGAGACAAAAAUCAUGCUUGCAUUAUCUCUUGGUCCUUAGGGAAUGAAGCUGGAUAUGGACCUAAUCAUUCUGCUUUAGCUGGCUGGGUUCGUGGAAAGGAUCCCUCACGGCUGGUACAUUACGAAGGGGGUGGAUCCAGAACCUCAUCCACAGAUAUUGUAUGUCCCAUGUAUAUGCGGGACUGGGACAUGUCGAAGAUUUCGAGAGAUCCAGAUGAAACACGCCCUUUGAUAUUGUGCGAGUAUUCACCUGCAAUGGGAAACAGCAAUGGGAAUUUACAUGAAUAUUGGGAAGUAAUUGAUAGCACAUUUGGUCUUCAAGGAGGCUUUAUCUGGGAUUGGGUUGAUCAGGCCCUAUUGAAGGAUAAUGCAGAUGGUAGUAAGCGUUGGGCAUAUGGGGGUGACUUUGGUGAUGUUCCUAAUGAUUUAAACUUCUGUUUGAAUGGCCUUACAUGGCCAGAUCGAACUCCUCAUCCAGCACUGCAUGAAGUCAAGUAUGUGUACCAACCGAUCAAGGUUUCAUUUAGCAAAGAAACACUAAGGAUAACAAAUACCCACUUUUAUAAAACAACACAAGGAUUGGAGUUCAGCUGGGAUGUUCAUGGGGAUGGAUGCAAACUUGGAUCCGGAAUUCUACCUUUUCCGUUGAUUGAACCUCAGAAGAGUUAUGAUAUUAAGUGGCGGUCAGCUCUGUGGUAUCCUCUAUGGACUUCAUCAUCUGCAGAGGAGUAUUUUUUAACAAUAACAGCUAAGCUUUUGCGUUCCACACGCUGGGUUGAAGCUGGUCAUGUUAUCUCAUCUACCCAAGUCCAGUUGCCUUCCAACAGAGAAAUUAUUCCUCACGUCAUCAAGACUGAAGAUGCUACGUUUGUCUGUGAAACUCUUGGGGAUAAAAUUAGAGUCAGCCGUCAUAGCUUUUGGGAGAUCAUAUUGAGUGUUCAAACGGGAACAGUUGACAGCUGGACGGUCGAAGGAGUUCCUUUGAUGACGAAAGGCAUAUUUCCAUGCUUCUGGCGAGCACCAACAGAUAAUGACAAAGGAGGAGGUGCCAGUAGUUAUUUCUCCUUAUGGAAAGCUGCUCAUAUUAAUAACCUUCAUUAUAUUACCCAAAGCUGUUCUAUACAGAAUAAGACGGACCAUCUUGUGAAAAUAGCUGUGGCUUUUCUUGGUGUUCCAAAGGAGGAGGGUGCUUUAUUAAGGAGGAAAAAGAUAAAAAUUGAAGUUGAUGUGAUUUACACAAUUUACGGUUCAGGAGACGUUGUUGUUGAAUGUAAUGUAAGACCAAGUUCGAACCUUCGACUUCUGCCACGUGUGGGAGUUGAGUUCCAUUUGGAUAAGUCAAUGGAUCAGAUUAAGUGGUAUGGAAGAGGACCAUUUGAAUGUUAUCCAGACAGAAAAGCAGCUGCUCAUGUUGCGGUCUAUGAGCAGAAAGUGGAUGACAUGCAUGUCCCUUAUAUAGUUCCUGGGGAAUGUUCAGGUAGGGCAGAUGUUAGAUGGGUGACGUUCCAAAACAAGGAUGGUUUCGGAAUAUAUGCAUCAGUGUAUGGCAGCUCUACGCCUAUGCAACUAAAUGCAAGUUACUACACCACAGCUGAGCUUGAUCGGGCAACGCAUAAUGAAGAUCUUAUCAAAGGAGAUGACAUUGAGGUUCAUCUUGAUCACAAGCACGUGGGCCUGGCUGGGGAUGAUAGUUGGUCGCCCUGCGUCCACGACGAGUAUCGGGUUCAUGCUGAUCCAUACUCAUUUUCAAUUAGGCUGUGCCCGAUAACCCCUGCAACCUCUGGCCAAGUCAUGACCAAUCCUGAAUUCCCUUUGGAACCCAUGACGAACCCUGUUGCCCAUCCGGUGUCAGGCCCACUUUCUAAAAUAACUCUCUUCCCUGAACAACAACAGAAAAAGGUCGAGACUUCUACCAAAAUUUCGGCAGUCUCUCCUGGAAAACGAAUAAAUCCUAAAAUUUUCCACUGUGCCGACUUUGAUGGUGAUUGCAUCCACCUGUUCUAUCCCCAGUCGCUUGCUGCAAAGGCAGAAGUCUUGGAGCUUUUUUCAGUGGAGAAGCAGCUGCUUAGCUCUCAUAGUGGAAAGCCAAAUUUGCAAUUGGUCACUGAUGCACUAUUGUCAUUAAAGAUGAUGUUCAAGAAAUAUUUUUUUGGACAAAGCAGCAGCACAGCAACUGGCCAUGUUUGCAUCAUCUUCAUUGCCACGACCGGGUUUAAUGAAAGCAAAUUCUGCUCUUUCAUAUUGGACUACUUUUCAUAUAUUACAUACUGCAUUGCCAGCUCACUUCGACUGCAGUGGCGAUACAACUACUUGGUCAACAAAAGUGAGAUACUGAAUAUUGAUUUUAGCACAAGUUCUGUAGCAGCUGUGAUGAAUGACAUUGCUACCUCUGUGUUCUUUGAGAAAGGUGGUGAAGAUGUUCUGAAAUUCUUUGAUUCUCUACAGCCCUUGCUGAUGGAGAAUUUAUUUUCAGAAGGGUUUAGUGUUGGUUUGGAAGAUUUUUCCAUGUCCAGGGCAUCCAUACAAGACAUUCAGAAGAAUAUUCAGGAUAGUUCUGAUUUGUUGUAUCAUUUGAGGUCAACGUACAAUGAGUUUGUAGAGUUUCAAUUGCAGAAUCGCAUCAGAAGUGUGAAAGUACCAGUUUCACAUUUGAUCUUGGAGUCAUCUGCAUUGGGUGAUUUAAUCGACUCCAAGAGUGAUUCAGCCAUUAACAAAAUUGUUCAACAAAUUGGAUUCCUAGGCCUGCAACUUUCUGAUAAAGGAAAAUUGUUGCGUCUAUCCGAGUGCAAGUAG